CCACUAUGUCUCCCCUGGGGUUGCUGGGCAAUCGUGUCACGGCAUUUUCGAGACCUACCCCAAAUUCACCGAGGACUUCUUCCUCAAGUCGCGAUCGCUUGUGGAGAAAUACCACCCUAUAGAAAUGGACCCGAACAUGGCACGUGAAGAGAAGCACGAGCAUAUGGACUUUUGGUGGGCGGAAUCGGAAAAGCUGAUAUGUGAUCAGGAGGUCUACAAGCACGGUGUAGAAGAUGUUGUGGAUUUUUCACGUCGAACUGGCAAAUUCGCCCUUCGAGCAAUGGCGCCAGAAAUGCUGCGAUUGGCGCAUGCAGACGGAAUUCCGGUGACGAUCCUCAGUGCUGGGAUCGGGAACAUCAUCGAAUACGUUCUGAA